AUCUUUCUUUCAAUAGUAGCUUCGAAAAUGAAGGUCAGAGGGUUCAGCUGGUGAAGAAGAACCGAACACCUCAAAGGGUCAACUCUGAUUUCAGAUACAGUAUCUAAAGGCAUUUGUGCCUGAAGCCACGGAAGAUAGAUGGACAAGCCAAGCAACUUCUGACUCUGCAUCAUUUUCUGGGGCAAAAUUUAAUGGCAAUGUAUCCUACAAGGGUGUCUGGUGAGGAAUGCAAUGGGAUCAAUAGCAUGUCGACAGAGAGUGGCCCUGGAACGAGACUGAGAAAUUUGCCAGUAAUGGGGGAUGGACUAGAAACCACCCAAAUGUCUACGACACAGUCACAGGCUCAACCCCAACAAGGCAGUGCUGUAGGCGUGAAUCCCCCUCCACCGGAGACCUCCAACCCCAACAAACCCAAGCGACAGACCAACCAGCUGCAGUAUCUGCUCAAGGUGGUGCUGAAGACGCUGUGGAAGCACCAGUUUGCGUGGCCUUUCCAGCAGCCUGUGGACGCCGUCAAGCUCAACCUCCCUGAUUAUUAUAAGAUAAUUAAAACUCCGAUGGAUAUGGGAACAAUAAAGAAACGCUUGGAGAAUAACUACUACUGGAACGCUCAAGAAUGUAUCCAGGAUUUUAACACGAUGUUUACAAACUGCUACAUCUACAAUAAGCCAGGGGAUGACAUAGUCUUAAUGGCAGAAGCUUUAGAAAAGCUUUUCCUGCAGAAAAUCUCCGAAAUGACCCAGGAGGAAACGGAAAUUGUGAUAGCCCAGACGAAAGGAAGAGGACGCGCGAGGAAGGAAGCAGUGACAUCCAAACCAGGAUCAUCCACGGUACCAAACGCAACCCAAGGCUCGUCCCCGGCGCAGACGCAGGCGCCGCAGCAGACCCUCCAGUCUGCACAGACGACUCAUUCCUUCCCCUCCGUCACCCCCGACCUCAUCGUCCAGGCCCCCGUCAUGACGAUGGUGCCUCCUCAACCUCCUGCACCGCCUCCACCUGCCCCCCAGGCCCCCGCGCCGCCGGCCCCAGCUCCCCAGCCCAUCCAGCCUCACCCUCCCGUUAUCCCGACACCCGCCCAGCCCGUGAAGACAAAAAAAGGAGUGAAGAGGAAAGCAGACACCACGACACCAACGACCAUUGACCCAAUUCAUGACUCGUCAUCGCUGCCCGCUGAACCCAAAUCCGCCAAGCUGGGUCCACGCCGGGAAAGCAGCCGCCCGGUGAAGCCUCCAAAGAAGGACGUUCCAGACUCACAACAACACGUGGUAGAAAAGAGUAGCAAAAUAUCCGAGCAGUUAAAAUACUGCAGCGGGAUCAUCAAAGAAAUGUUCGCCAAGAAACACGCUGCCUACGCCUGGCCCUUCUACAAACCUGUGGAUGUGGAAGCACUGGGACUGCACGAUUAUUGCGAUAUCAUUAAACAUCCCAUGGAUCUGAGCACAAUCAAAUCUAAACUGGAGAACCGGGAAUACCGAGAUGCUCAGGAAUUCGCAGCGGAUGUGCGAUUGAUGUUCUCCAAUUGCUACAAGUACAACCCCGCUGAUCACGAGGUGGUGGCCAUGGCACGGAAACUGCAGGACGUGUUUGAGAUGCGCUUCGCCAAGAUGCCGGAUGAGCCAGAAGAACCUGUGAUACCAGCUUCUUCUCCCGUGGUGGUGCCCCCUCCCACCAAGGUGGCUCCCCCUUCGUCCAGCGACAGCAGCAGCGACAGCUCCUCCGACAGCGACAGCUCCUCGGAUGACUCCGAGGAGGAGCGAGCCCAGCGGUUAGCGGAGCUGCAGGAGCAGCUUAAAGCAGUGCAUGAACAGCUUGCAGCCCUGUCCCAGCCGCAGCAGAACAAACCAAAGAAAAAAGAAAAAGACAAGAAGGAGAAGAAGAAAGAGAAGCACAAAAAGAAAGAAGAGCUGGAAGACACCAAGAAAAGCAAAGUCAAGGAGCCGCCACCCAAGAAGGCCAAGAAAAGCAACAGCAACAGCAGUACCUCCAGCCUCAUGCUUGUGCUUCAAGCUCAAGCUAUAAAUGAAAACGAUGCUCAAUUCCAGGCUGGAAACUGGGAACAUCAAGAAGUGGUUACAGGGAAGGGGUCAGACCCAGCCUUAACGAUGUUGUCCUGUUGUCUUCUUGCAGCGGAGAAAGUGGAUGUAAUUGCUGGUUCCUCUAAGAUGAAGGGGUUCUCCUCCUCCGAGUCUGAGAGCACCAGCGAGUCCAGCUCCUCCGACAGCGAAGAUUCAGAAACAGGUUUGGUGAAGAAGCUUCAUCUUCUGGUUGGCAUCUCCAGAAUGACCGAUGCCACCGGGGCCAUCAAAGCUUUGCCGCUCGUGGUCUCCAUUGGCUUCGUCUUCCUGGUGAAGAUGGCCAGUAGACAGGUGCAGCAGCUGCAGCACCAGCCGCCGCCGCGGCCCAUGCACAUGCAGCCCAUGCCCUUUCCAUCCCACAUCCCCCAGCCCCAACCGCCACCGCAGCAACAUCCACCCCCGCAGCCGCCCCCGCCGCCGCCCCCACCGCAGCCGGCCAAACCGCAGCAGGUCAUCCAGCAUCACCCAUCGCCACGGCACCAUAAGCCAGAUCCCUACUCGACCGGUCACUUGAGGGAAGCUCCUUCCCCUCUCAUGAUGCAUUCCCCACAGAUGCCACAGUUCCAGGGUUUGGUCCACCAGUCGCCACCUCAACAAACUAUCCAGCCAAAAAAACAGGAGAUGAGAGCCGCCUCCGUUGUCCAAUCACAACCCAUGGUAGUGAAGGAGGAGAAGAUGCAUUCUCCUGUCAUCCGUAACGAGACGUUCAGUCCCCCCUUGCGGCAAGAUCCGCCGAAACACCCGGAGAGCAUCAAACCGCCCGCACACAUCCCGCAGCGGACGGAGAUGAAACCCAUGGAGGGGGGACGACCAGUCAUCAGACCCCCAGAGCAAAACCCACCACCACCAGGAGUGCAGGAAAAAGAUCGGCAGAAACAGGAGCCGAAAACACCCGUCGCCCCCAAAAAGGACCUAAAAAUCAAGAACAUGGGGUCCUGGGCGAGCUUGGUCCAGAAACAUCCCACCACUCCGUCCUCCACGGCAAAGUCCUCCAGCGACAGCUUCGAGCAGUUCAAGAGGGCGGCGCGGGAGAAGGAGGAGCGGGAGAAGGCGCUGAAGGCUCAGGCAGAGCAGGUGGAGAGGGAGAAGGAGCGGCUGAGGCGGGAGCAGGAGAGGAUGAGGAGCCGGGAGGACGAGGACGCCAUGGAACAGGCGCGCCGGGUGCACGAGGAGGUGCGGCGGCGCCAGGAGCAGCAGCAACAGCAACAGCAGCAGCAACAACAGCAGCAGCAGCAACAACAGCAGCAGCAGCAACAACAACAACAAGUGUCAGCGGCGGCGGCGCCCCAAGCCCAGAGCUCACAGCCCCAGUCCUCCCAGUCCAUGUUGGAUCAGCAGCGGGAGAUGGCCAGGAAACGGGAGCAGGAACGGAGGCGCCGGGAAGCGGUGAGUGAGGAGCUGGGGUGGCUCCUGGCCUGCAAUCACUGGGGAUGCUAAAAUAUAUAUAUAUAU